UUGCUGUCCAAUUCUGCAACAGGCGUCAUUUCCAGGAUGCAAUUGAAUAAGAUCACCACAGUGUGACAGCAGAGCUCGGUGCACUGAGGGUCUCGGCAACCUGGAGGGCUCCAUCACCCCAAUAAUAGCCAAGGUCUUCUCAGCUCUGCCUCUCACUGAUGCAUUAUGCUCUUCAGGAUACUCUGCUCCUUCUCCAACUCUCGUCUGUGGAUUCACACAUGCUUGGAGCAUCAAAUCUCCCACAUGCCGAUAACUUGCUAAGGGUUGAGAUGGAUGGCUUCAUCCUGGGGGUUGGUGACCCUUAAGUGCUGGUGAGAUGUCCUUCAGUGGCGACUCAAGCCAGCCCCCCCCUUCCGCGCCCUCCCUCAACCACACGUCCUCUUCACGACCGCCGCCAUGGGAGGCGGGUCGCUCAAAUGAUUCUCUGCUCUCAGAUCUGUCAGGUCUCAGCCAUGAAGAACAAUGUCACACGUCUCCAAUCCUGACGGCGUUUCUGGUGGCGUGGUACACCAUCGAAAUGGUGCUGGGCCUGGUGGGCAAUGUCGGCCUUAUUAGCAUAAUUACUCGACGCCGGGAGAAAGCCAACGUCACCAGCAUUUUCAUCUGUAAUCUAUCAUUCUCUGACAUUUUGGUGUGUGUCUUCUGCCUCCCUUUCACACUCAUAUACACGCUCAUGGACCACUGGGUGUUUGGGUCACUGCUCUGCCGCCUGGUCCCCUUCAUUCAAUGUAUGUCUGUGACCGUCUCUGUCCUCUCUCUGGUUUUUAUCGCUCUGGAGAGACACCAGCUCAUCAUUAACCCGGCUGGUUGGAAACCCAGUAUUCCACAGGCCUACACAGCCGUCGUCGUCAUCUGGAUUCUGGCCUGCUUCACGUCUUCACCUUUCCUGGCCUUUCAGCUGCUCACAAGCGAGCCCUAUGCCAACAUGACCCUGCCCCAGCCUGCUCCUUAUCACGAAACGUCACCCCGACAUCACUUCUCACUUGCUAACUCGUCCUCGCUUCAAAAUUCACUACAUUUUCACAACCUUUACGCGUCCUUGCACAUGGAAGCCUGUCUGGAGCACUGGCCCUCCCAGCAUCACCGGCUGACCUACACCACAUGGCUGCUGCUUUUCCAGUACUGCGGCCCUUUGAUUCUCGUCCUGCUGUGUUACGUCCGAGUGUUCGUACGUCUGCGUCACCGCAAAGACAUGCUGGACCGCGCCAGGACGCCGGAGAGCAAGCGCAUGACCCACAGCCGUCGCAUCAACAUCAUGCUGGUGGCCCUGAUCACGGCCUUUGCCCUUUGCUGGCUGCCGCUCACCAUCUUCAACGCUGUGUCCGACUGGAACCAGGACGCGCUUCCCGUAUGCUACCACAACCUGCUCUUCUCCCUCUGCCACCUCCUGGCGAUGUCGUCCACCUGCAUCAACCCCAUCAUCUACGGCUUUCUCAACUCCAACUUCAGGCAGGAGGUGAGGGAGGUGCUCCAAUAUUGCUGCUCCCGCCCUCUGGAGGAGGAGUGUGAGCGCUUCCCCAUAUCCACCGUGCACAUGGACGUGUCUCGUACAUCGGUGCCGCUCGCCUGCAGGAGUAACUCUGCUUCAUAGUCAAGAUGGACAAGCAUCUCCUUUUAACCUUUAAUGGAACUUCUACUCUUUUCAUAACAUCUGAUCACAAGACAGUUUUCCAGGUUUUUAGUGUUAAAUUUUUAGUGCCAUGUAGAUGUUUCACAGGGGUAGGCCAAAUAUGGCCUGCAGGCACAUACGUACAUAGUCGUGAUAUUUGUUGCAUUAAUUUCGCUGUUUUUGUUCC